GGUCUUUCCGCUGAUUAGUAUAAUAGUUACUACGUAAGGUCUUCCACUAAGCAAAUUGCAAGCUGAGGAGAUGUUGUUUGUUGUGUUGUUAUCUUUCUAUUUUAAUUUGUGCAUUGCUAAAGCGUCAUUAAAUGAUGUUUUAUUUACUGGUGAAUAUGAAUUCUUUGAUUUAACACAUCCGUUCGACAAUAAUACUGUGUAUUGGCCUGAUGCAGAAAAAUUUAUUUUUUCAAAAAAAAUUGAAGGAUUCACCUUAGAUGAUAAAUCAUGGUACGCAUCUUAUGAUUUUACUGCAGGAGAACAUGGUGGUACACAUAUUGACGCUCCUUACCAUUUCUCUAGUACUGGGAAACGUGUUGGUGAAAUAACCUUAGACAGAUUGAUUGUGCCCCUGAUAGUAGUGGAUGUGAGUUCCAUUGUUAAUGGCGAUCCCAGUUUUGUGUUGUAUAAGCAUCAUUUGGAUCACCUUCUGAAUGACAAUCUAGGAAAACAUUGUGUUAUAAUUUUCAAAUUUGGGUGGAGCAAAUAUUUUAAUGAAACUAAACAAUAUUUAGGAUUAACUGAAGCACAAGACACUUUGAAUUUCCCUGGAUUAAGUGAAGAAAUCGCAGAGUGGAUCAAGUCAUCAUAUAAAAAUGUGGUGGGCGUUGGUGUUGACGUUGCAUCAGUAGAUCCCGGCUCUAGUACAGACUUUCCCGCCCACAAAAUUCUCUUGCACGAAGGGCUUUAUAUUAUUGAGAACGUCAAUAUAAAUUCCAAUAUACCUGAUUACGGAUGUACCGCUUUAGCUUUACCUAUGAAGAUAGCAAUGGGAACUGGAGCACCACUGAGACUUGUUGCUAUUUGUCCCAAAUAAAGAUACCGAACCUUAUAAAGAUUUAAAUUUUAUUUUAGGAGGAUAGUGAUGAUCGCCCGGAGCACGGUUGUUCCUUGAAAGAACGUAAAGUUAUGCUAAUUGGCGUAGCAAUGAAAACAACCUAUAAUUUCCCGCGGCCAAUACUUUUACGGUUUUGUUUCGUCGUUACUUUUGUCUUUUUAAAUUCUGAAGUUCCAGGUGUUAAGUAUCACGAAUGUCUUGAGCUCUCUGUAAUAAAGACAAUAAUUUGUUUAGGUGAUAAGUUAUGCCGUUGGUUUAACAUGUGAAGCAAGUCUUGAACAAAAUUCUCCAAAAAUUCUGUUGUGGUCACAAAAAUAGUUUAAAUGAAUGAACCAUAGUAGUGCUGGCGGGAAUGCAACUGAAGUACGUUAUGGGUUACAAGAUCGAUAAUAUUAUUAAACCUGCGUCUUUAAUAUCUUUUAUGGCAAAGAUCUAACACGCAAAGUCAAAGGCCUGACAGAUAGCAAGAUAACGCAAGAGGUCUCAUUUAAAUUAAAGGGGGCAUCAAAAAAUAGAAAUUUCAUGUCAAAUUUAAAAUAAUUAUGAAGUUAAUAAAAUAUAUAUUACAUACAUA